AUGAAGAUUAAAACAUUGUCUUUUUUACACAAGUCGCAUAAAACUGUAAAUAGCAGUCGGCAGACAAUACGAGGCAAAAAAAAACUUAGAAUAACAAGAAAAACACAUUCAUGUAAAAUCGAUAAAGACGUCACUGACCUAGUGCACAUAUCUCGAGGCAAGCUUUCUGGUGGUUUUAAAACCGUUGGUUUUGGUUUUCAAGAAGUUGAAACAAAUAAUUUAUUUAAAUAA